UUUAUUCUCGAAUCUUCUCUCUCCAUCUCUCAAUUCUCCAAACCUUAUUUCCCUAUAUCUGUUUUCCUUUCCCUGUUCAUUCAUCAAUCGAGGCUCGCAAAUGGCCAAUAGUAAUCUUCCUCGAAGAAUCAUCAAGGAAACACAGCGUCUCCUAAGUGAACCGGCACCGGGAAUUAGUGCUUCACCUUCAGAGGAUAAUAUGCGAUAUUUCAAUGUGAUGAUCCUUGGUCCCACACAGUCUCCAUACGAAGGAGGGGUUUUCAAGUUGGAACUAUUUUUGCCUGAAGAAUAUCCCAUGGCUGCUCCCAAGGUUCGAUUUCUUACAAAGAUAUACCAUCCUAACAUUGAUAAGCUUGGGAGAAUAUGCCUUGACAUUCUCAAAGACAAAUGGAGUCCAGCACUCCAGAUCCGAACUGUACUUUUGAGCAUCCAGGCACUUUUGAGUGCUCCAAAUCCCGAUGAUCCGCUUUCUGAAAAUAUUGCUAAGCACUGGAAGUCAAAUGAGGCAGAAGCCGUUGAGACAGCUAAGGAAUGGACCCGCUUAUAUGCGAGCGGUGCAUGAAGACCUGUGGAAUCGUCUUCCCUCAUAAAAUAACAUUGUAAGCUGCUCAAUGUCAAUUUCAUAACGAAAUUUAGACGAAUGAUGUUUGAAAGAGUUUGAUAUUUGCAAAAAGCUUCCAGUUGGUACCUGUUGAAGUCAUUAUCGGGGUUGGAAGCAGUCUCUGAACUUGUAUGAUAAUACACAUUGUUAUUGUGAAAUUCCCAAGUGAUGAACUAAGGGAUUAAUUUAUUCUCGAAUAUGGUUAUUUCAAA